ACUCGUCCAGAGGGUGGCGCUGCUGGCGGAGCAGACGCUGAGCGUCUCCUUCGUCUGCGGCACUAGAGCGGAAGCACUUCAUUGGUCCGCGAGGCCAGGUUCAGCGGCGUUACCAAACAGCAAGAUGGCACACCGGUUCCUAGCGCGCAGAAUCUGGACCCUGUCUGUGAACGAGCUCCGCUGCCUCCCGUCGUCCACCGCCACCGUCGCCUCCUCUUCAUUUUCCACCUCCCUUCAUUCUGUCCCGAACCGGGCGUCCUUCCUCGCCCCGUCACGCAGCCCUGCUGUCUCUCACGCCUCCCUCCGACGGGUCUCCUUCAAUGUUCAGGACAAUGAGGACUUCACAGAGAGGGUCAUCAACAGCGACCUGCCCGUGUUGGUCGACUUCCACGCUCAGUGGUGCGGUCCCUGCAAGAUCCUCGGGCCCAGACUGGAGAAGGCUGUCGCAAAAAAGAAAGGCCGCGUUGCCAUGGCCAAGGUUGACAUCGACGAUCACACAGACUUGGCCAUUGAGUAUGGGGUGUCUGCUGUUCCUACAGUCAUCGCCAUGAGGGGAGGAGAUGUGGUCGACCGCUUCGUGGGGAUCAAAGAUGACGAUCAGCUCGACUCGUUUGUCAGCAAAGUCAUUGGACAAUAAACCAGCAGCCCCCACCCAGCUGCACACCACCGUGUUGGUGCUGUUCUCUAGGAAACUGGCCCGGUCCCACUCGGCCAACUCUGUAACCCUCGCCCUCCAUCUCUGGGCCUCCUGCUACAGCUGUGGAUCGUUGCUUCUGUCUUUCUCUUCUUUUCUUUUUUUUUUCUUUCUUAUUCCGUGAUGGGUCUUUUGUUUUUCCGACCUUUUUUAGCUCAUUUCGUUUUGCAUUCUCAGUUUUCUCCAAAAAAAAAUGUGACGGCUUCAUGAAUCUAAUCCCGUAUAGAUGUGCGGAUGUUCUCUACGGUACGUAUCCUCUGUAGGACAGAAAGCGACGUCUCUGCAGACCUCGCUCAGAUUAACCCGAGGGACGAAUAUUUAGCAGUGGAGGAGAUCUGAUUGUAAGCAGCUGUCGAUGAAUGAAAUCGCUCCCUGUAAUUCCUGCUUCUGUCCACCAGAGGGUGGCGUUUCUCUUAACAUCUUCAAGCUACAUCACGUGGUCGUUUUGCACCGUUAUGCCUCAUAAUGUGAGAAGAAAGAUGGAUGUGUGUGUGAGAAUGUGUGCGCUUCUGUGUCCUGACUGUGAACCUGAAGGCAAGCAGGAAUUGCAGACACGAGCAUAGGUUUAGUUUUACAACUAAAAUGGACUUUAUGUACAAAAUACAUGACCAGGUGUGAAGAAAUAAAGGCGUCAAUAUGUUCUAUAC